CGACAAGUGCCCGCAUAGGAGAGCACCGAGCCCCAGAAACCGAGGGCAAAAAGGGUAGAGAGAGGAGAGCACCGAGGCAGGAGGGAGAGGGACAGCGAGUCAGCGAGGGACUGCGAAAGGUGGGUGGGGAUGGAGAGCGAGAUGGCGGACGCGCCGCAGCCGGCGGCCGCAGUGGCGAUGGGCGGCGGCGGCGCGGCCGAGCCGCUAGCGGCGGUGGCGGAGGAAAGGGAAGGGGAGGCCGAGUCGGUGGGGUCCACCCUCACCAUGGAGCGCGUCGCCGCCGCGAAGAAGUUCAUCGAGAACCACUACCGCGCGCAGAUGAAGAACAUCCAGGAGCGCAAGGACAGGCGCUUUAAAUUGGAGAGACAGCUAGCUUCUUCUCAAGUCCCCAAGGAGCAGCAAAUCAAUUUAAUAAAAGAUCUGGAGAGAAAGGAAACUGAAUACAUUAGACUUAAAAGACACAAAAUUUGUGUGGAUGACUUUGAGCUGCUCACCAUUAUUGGGAGAGGCGCUUUUGGAGAGGUUCGACUGUGUCGAGAGAAGACAUCUGGCAACAUUUUUGCAAUGAAAAAACUGAAGAAGUCUGAUAUGGUUGUCAGGGGCCAAGUGGAGCAUGUUAGAGCUGAAAGGAACUUGCUGGCUGAAGUUGCUAGUCAUUGCAUUGUGAAGCUUUACUAUUCUUUCCAAGACGCGGAGUACCUUUACCUUAUUAUGGAGUACCUCCCUGGUGGUGAUAUCAUGACCCUUCUCAUGAGAGAGGAUACCUUAACAGAACAUGUGGCUCGAUUCUACAUUGCUGAGACAAUCCUUGCUAUUGAAUCCAUUCAUAAACAUAACUACAUCCACAGAGAUAUUAAGCCUGAUAACCUGCUUCUAGACAAAAAUGGUCAUAUGAAACUGUCAGAUUUUGGGCUGUGCAAGCCAAUCGAUUGUUCAAAGCUCUCAACCUUGAAUGAAGACGAACCUAUGGGUGAAGACAACCUGAGGGAAUCAAUGGAUGUUGAUAGUUCUUUGUCUGAUACUACAAAUGGUAGAAGAUGGAGAAGUCAACAUGAACAGCUUCAGCACUGGCAGAUGAACAGGAGAAAAUUGGCAUUCUCAACUGUUGGGACGCCAGACUAUAUUGCUCCAGAGGUUCUGCUAAAGAAGGGAUAUGGAAUGGAAUGCGAUUGGUGGUCCCUGGGUGCUAUCAUGUAUGAGAUGCUUGUUGGGUAUCCACCGUUUUAUGCUGAUGAUCCGAUAACUACAUGUCGAAAGAUUGUGCAUUGGAGAAACCAUUUGAAAUUUCCCGAGGAUGCAAGGUUGUCUCACGAAGCAAGGGAUCUCAUUUGCCGGUUAUUAUGUGAUGUUGACCACAGGCUUGGCAGUGCAGGAGCAGAUCAAAUAAAGGCCCAUCCUUGGUUCCGAGGAGUUGCAUGGGAUAAACUUUAUGAAAUGGAAGCAGCAUUUAAGCCUCAAGUCAAUGAUGAACUGGAUACACAGAAUUUUAUGAAGUUUGAGGAAUUGGAAAAUCCUCCAAUCAGAACAGGUUCCGGGCACUCAAGAAAGACGAUGCUAAAUUCCAAAGAUCUCAGCUUUGUGGGGUAUACAUACAAAAACUUUGAUGCUGUGAAAGGAAUAAAACGUUCAGAUCUGCAAAGGAAUUCAUCCCUAACAAGGCCCUCUAUUGGCUCAAUAUUCGGACCAACGGGCAUGGAUUCGCCUAUAGAACCAAACGGAAGGGACACACACAUGCACACAAUUUCUUCUGGUGAUCCAAUGAUUCCCUAAUCUCCAGUGUUGUUCUCUGGAAAUUUUUGAACUAAAUCAGCAUGUGAAUGCAUAAAUGAUGUGGCUUCAUCUAGACAACCUGCUCUUUUUAGCUAGGUUUCUGCAUUGUUAAUUGUCCGUGAGUAUAUUGUAGAAAUCCAACAAAGCUUCUAGUUGUAAAAUAGUAUGUUAAGGAUUUUAACAAAAAGCCCAUGGACUAAGUACUCGUCGGACAUGGGGGCAGGUUUUGGAGAAAUUGCACCUUGCGGCUGGCUGCCCAGGUUGGCAGAGCAAAUUGCGGCCUUCUCUUGUGGCAGUUCCCGGUCCGCUAACAUUUGAUCAUGGAAAGAAAUUAAGAUAGUGUUCUUGUGACAGGAAUUCUAGCUAUCGCUGUUGGUGGUGUUUGGCAUGUAUCAGGAAUUUUCAAUUCUGAGUGAAGAGGCAGAGCUGUUGUAUAUCAGGAAAUUUUCUGUUUCGAGCCU